CAUUCUAAUUGGCCCAAUCCAAAUGCCCCCUUAGCCCCUCCCCAAUCUCUCACCACCACCACAUCCUUGAUUCCGUGUUUCAGCAAAAAGGACCACCAUCUUCUUCCUUCCAUCACAUUUCCCCUCUUCUCCCCCAAAGCCAAAGCCAAAUCCCACAAUCACAUCCAUGGCAGCCAUGGCAACUCAAUCCACCCUCUUCACUCCCCCGCUCAAACCCAACUCCCUCUCCACACGGAACCCAAAAUCCUCCUCCUUCAUCUCCAUCCCCACCUCCGCCGCCCCCUCCUCCUUCAAACUCUUCAGAUCCGCCGCCGCCGAGGGCAGCAACGCCCCCGUGGAGUCACCUCCCAAAUUGGAGGCCCCAGUCGGGUUCACCCCGCCCGAGCUCGACCCCACCACCCCGUCUUCAGCGGCUCCACCGGCGGGCUCCUGAGAAAAGCCCAGGUGGAAGAGUUCUACGUCAUCACCUGGGAGUCCCCCAAGGAGCAGAUCUUCGAGAUGCCCACCGGCGGCGCGGCGAUCAUGAGGGAAGGCUCCAACCUGCUGAAGCUGGCGAGGAAAGAGCAGUGCCUGGCGCUGGGGACCAGGCUGAGGUCCAAGUACAAGAUCAAGUACCAGUUCUACAGGAUUUUCCCCAACGGUGAGGUUCAGUACUUCCAUCCCAAGGAUGGGGUUUAUCCGGAGAAGGUGAACCCUGGGAGGGAAGGUGUGGGGCAGAAUUUUAGGUCGAUUGGAAAGAACGUUAGCCCCAUUGAGGUUAAGUUCACCGAGAAGCAGCCUUAUGAUUUGUGA